UUUCUUGAAUAAAUACUGGUUUUUAUCUUUCCCUCCAAAAUAUUCUUUCUUUGAUUUACGCAUCUUCACAAUGGAUGCUGAAACUCGAUGUAAAGUUGAAGAAAUGGUGAUGGAUAUACUCACAAACUGCAGCAUUGAAGGAGCCACUGAGCUCUCCGUCCGACUUGCCGCUUCCGAGCGACUCGGUAUCGACCUUUCUGACUUACACAGCAGACGAUUUGUCAGAAACAUCGUCGACUCUUACCUUAUCUCCAUCGCCACCGACGUCGACAAACGGAAGGAACCGCCGCAAGCUUCCGCCGAGGCAGUGGAUGUGAUACACAGAGAACCGCCACAAGAGUCCAAUAAGGUGGUGGAAGUGAAGCGCAAAAAAGACGGCUCUGAACACGUUAUUUGUCAGCUAUCAACCAGAAGGAAGGUGACUGUCCAAGAUUUCAAAGGGACGACAUUGGUGUCAAUUAGGGAGUUUUAUCUAAAAGAUGGAAAACAGCAGCCCACUACUAAAGGGAUAAGUUUACCUCCUGACCAAUGGUCAACCUUCAAGAAUAGUGUUCCUGCCAUAGAGGAAGCUAUCACAAAGUUGGUAGGAAGGAUAAGAUCAGGGCAUAAUAGCUGGAAAAAUAGAGAAGUUUCAAGUUCAGUUGCUGAUGUUCCUGUUGAGCCUGUCCCUAUUGAGCCUGUCUCUAUUAAACCUGUUUCUGUUGAGCCUGUGCCCAUUGAGAUUGUCCCUAUUGAGAUCGUUCGUUUUGAUGGGAAGAAUUACCAAGUUUGGGCUGAACAGAUAGAAUUACUCUUGAAACAGUUGAAGAUUAAUUAUGUGCUUACGGAACCAUGCCCAAAUGCUACAUUAGGGAAAAACGAUGCUAGUGCUGGAGAAAUUUCUAAAGCCAAAGCUGCUGAAAAGAGAUGGGUAAAUGAUGAUUUAAUGUGUCGUCGCAACAUCUUGGGCCAUUUGUCUGAUAGUCUAUUCAACAAGCAUGCUAAUAGAAAAAUGAGUGCUAAGGAGUUAUGGGAAGAGUUGAGAUAUGUUUAUCUGUUCGAGGAAUAUGUAACCAAGAGAUCUCAGGUGAAAAAGUAUAUUGAAUUUCAAAUGGUUGAUGAGAAAGCAGUUGCUGAACAAAUUCAAGAACUUGAUCGCAUUGCAGACUCUAUUGCUGUUGCUGGAAUGCAUAUAGACGAGAAUUUUCAUGUCAGUGUCAUCAUUUCAAAGCUUCCACUAUCAUGGAAAGACUUCUGCAUCAAGUUAAUGCGCGAGGAGCAUCUAUCUUUGUUGAUGUUAAUGGAGCGCAUAAGAAUAGAAGAAGAAUCCCGCACUGGAGUCAAACAAGUUGGUGAAUCUCCUUCUGAUAAUGUAAGAUUUCACGAUGCCAAUAAAGGAGGAAUAAAGGGGGCUGACAUUAAGCCGCCGCCAGGUUUUCCAAGGAAGUUUAAACCUAAUGUCAAGAACAUAACUUGUUAUAUUUGUGGUCAAAAGGGGCAUAUUUCCAAAAACUGUUCUAAACUACCAAGGAAAUGAUGAAAGCCAACCAACCAGUCUCCAAAAUCUGAAUGCCCCCCUUUUCAUUCAGUAUCUUUAUUUAUUUCUCUAGUCCAAAUCCCCUAUAACAGUUACAGGGUAGUUAAUGCACAUAUAUUGUUCUUCUGUAAGUACAACUCAAGUGACAAGAAUAUUUGAUACACUAAUGCACGAGU